GUUUGAAACAAAAUUUGUAGGUUAUGUUUGUUGAUUCCGUAAUUUAUAUUUUAUUUAUUCCUCCUUAUGCCUUCCGGAGUAUAUAAAAAUGGCUUGUCUGUUGCUGCGCCAUAAUGAAACUGAUGUUCAAAUACCAACAACCGAGGAAGUAGAAUCUAUUACAUUUUACAAAAUAAUUGUAAGAGUAGGUGAAGUUAGCUGGAAAGUAGAUCGUCGGUACAAUGAAUUUCAUAUUUUACAUAACCAACUAGUAGCCGACCACGGAAUUUCAAAAGACAUUUUGCCUUCUAAGAAGGUAAUUCGGAAUAAAUGUCCUCCAUUUAUAGAGGCAAGACGUAAGGGUCUAGAAGAGUAUCUACAAAAAACAUUUAUAUUUCUUAAAAGGACAAUGCCUAGAGUAUUUGUUGAAUUUCUACAUUUUCACCUGUAUGAUAUAUAUUUUUUGCUACAGGAUUUAUCUGUAAGGUGUUUUGAGAAAGCUGAAAGCAUCUUGCCAUUGGAUAAUUCCUAUACUUUCACACCUUUAGAAUUGUACUCCAUUAGUGAAUUUCUAUCCAAACCGUUUCCCAUAAUAGAUAAUAUAGACAAUAAAUUAGACCUCAGUUCUGUAUUAGAAUUAUGUGCGCAAUUAGAUAAAUUGACAAUCCAAGGAAGCUGUCAUGAAUAUUUACAGAGUAAUAUAGUUUUUAAUGCUUUGUCAUUUGAACUGUCCUCAUUUAAAGUGAUUAAGUCCUUAUGUUUAAAAAAUGUUGAUGUCAAUAUGAUUUAUUCCCUGGGAAAUUUGCGAAGUACCGUUUUAGAAUUGCAAGUUCAUGAUACCCAAAUAAUUAGUAUUUCACAAAUCUUACAAUGUGAUGUCUUACACAAAGACACCAUAAUAGGUAGUGAAAAAUGGAGUGUGUUAAAGACAUUAGACCUCAGCAACAAUAAAUUGGAAGUCAUCGAUGGAACUAUAUCACUAGCAAAAAAUUUAACAUCACUAAAUCUAAGCAAUAAUAAAAUCCCUAAUAUUCUGAACUUGGUGCAUUUACCAAAUCUUCAAAUGUUAAACUUAACAAAUAAUUUAAUAACUGUAUGUGAAGAUUUGCACACCAAAUUAGGAAACAUAUUAACAUUAAAUCUAUCUCAAAACGGAAUUGUUACCACCAAGGGUUUCAGAAAGCUAUAUUCUUUGGAAACACUUGACUUAAGUUGCAAUAGAGUUACCCAAAUUGAAGAAAUUAAAUAUAUAGCUAAAUUGCCUUGUUUAGAAAAUUUAAUUUUGACAGGUAAUGGGGUUUCCACCAGCGUGGAUUAUCGCGUUACAGUUCUAGAGUACUUUGGUAAUCGGGCGAAAUAUAUAUGCCUGGAUAAUGAGAGGCCCACUCAAGCAGAAUUGGACAAAGUUUCUGUUAUGCAUGCAUUAAGAAUUCUUAAAGAGGGUAAAACUCCGAAUUUACUAACAGAGAAAUUUUCUGGGGAACAUUAAACCAAAUAUAAUAUUUUUAAACCCUUACUAUGCUGUGAUAAAUAUAAAUGUGUCUGUAUUUAAUAUUAUUAUUGUUUUAUAUAUUAUAAUUCUAUAAAAGAUCAAGAUUUAAGUAAUUUUUACAUUUAAAUUCAUAUUUUCUAAAUUAUUUUAAUAAUUUGUUUUAUUUAUGUGAAUGAAUAUAAUGUGAUUAGG